AUGGCAUUCAAAUUCGUCCUCUUCGCCGCUUUGGUGGCCUACGCCAACGCUGGUCUCCUCCGAGCGGCUCAUCUGUACGAGGCUGCCCCAGUAGCCUACGCUGCAGCCCCCGUGGCCGGUGCCGUCAUCACCAAGACCGUCAAUGCCGAGCACGACCCCCAUCCCCAGUACAACUUCUCCUACGACGUCGAGGACACGCUUACCGGUGACUCGAAGAGCCAACACGAGCAGCGCGAUGGAGAUGUCGUCCAGGGCAGCUACAGCCUUCGCGAGGCCGACGGCACCCGCCGUACCGUCCACUACACCGCUGACGACGUCAAUGGCUUCAACGCCGUGGUCGAGAAGAGCCCCGAGGCCGUUGCUGUCAAGGCCGCUUCCUACGCACCUUAUGAAUACCACCACUCUAGCCCAGUUGUGUCUUACCACGCCGCUGCCCCAGCCGUAGCUACUUAUGCUGCUGCUGCCCCAGUUUUCAAGGCUGCCUAUGGAUACCACUCUGCCCCAGCUAGCUACACCACCGUAUAUUAA